AUGUCAGAUAGUGUUGACUGGUUACAAAGCCAAAAUGGAGUAUGCAAAGUUGAUGUUUAUUCACCUGAAGAUGGCCAGCCCCAGGUAUGGAAAAUGGAAGUCCCUACUGAUCCUGUCAGAGUGCUCAGCUGGCUCCGCAGAGACCUGGAAAGAAGUGCAGCAGGGUUCCAGGAUGCUCAGUUCAAGCCUGGAGAAUCAUCAGUUGACGGAGAAAUGACCAACUCAGGAGACUCACACAGGGGUUUUUCUAUGGACUAUUACAAUACCACCAACCAGGGAUGUCCAGGGAAAAUGCAUUUUGAGGUGACUCAUAAAGAUGCUUCUCUCCAGGGCUCCACUGCUAAUAAGAGGUCAGUAGAUGAAGUUUCCUUCUAUGCUAACCGCCUCACAAAUCUAGUCAUCGCCAUGGCUCGUAAGGAGAUCAAUGAGAAGAUUGACAGCUCUGAAAACAAAUGUAUCCAUCAGUCAUUGUACAUGGGUGAUGAACACCCAUCCAACAAAAGCUUAAGUAAGGUGGCAUCAGAACUUGUAAAUGAGACUGUCACUAUAUGUUCCAAUAAUACUGCUUCAGAUAAGGCUCCUGGCUCUGGAGACAGAGCUUUAGGAUCAUCACGGAGUCCUGCAAAUGUGAAAUACAAGAGCACUUUGAAGAUCAAGGAGAGCACCAAGGAUAGCAAGAACCCAGAUGAUAAGCCAGCUUCUAAGAAGUCUUUCUUCUAUAAAGAAGUGUUUGAAUCUCAUAAUGCAGGUGAUGCCAAAGAGGGUGGGCGGUCUUUACCUGGGGAGAGAAAGAGGUUCAGAGGGUCAGAAAGGCCUGACGACUUUACGACUUCCGUUAGUCAGGGGAUCAUGACCUAUGCUAACAGUGUGGUGUCUGAUAUGAUGGUCUCCAUCAUGAAGACACUGAGGAUCCAAGUAAAGGAUACAACCAUUGCCACCAUCCUGCUGAAGAAGGUACUAAUCAAACAUGCAAAAGAGGUGGUCUCAGAUCUCAUUGACUCCUUCAUGCGGAACCUCCAUAAUGUCACAGGGACCCUCAUGACUGAUACAGACUUUGUCUCAGCUGUGAAAAGAGGUCUUUUCUCUCAUGGAAGCCAGAAGGCCACAGAUAUCAUGGAUGCCAUGAUGGGCAAGCUAUACACUGUGAUGUUUUCCAAGAAAGCUCCUGAGAAUGUCAGGAAGUCCAAGGACAAGGCUGAGAGUUAUUCCCUUCUCUCAAUGGGAGGAAUGGGUGACCCUAAACGCCGAAAUGUAAACUUUUCAACAAUGAAAUCUGAAGCCAAAUUCAUGGAAAAAAUGUACUCUCCUGAACCCAAACCAGAAAAGUCUUGUGUUGAAACUCUGGGUGAGCACAUUAUCAAAGAGGGACUGACAUUGUGGCAUAAUAGUCAGCAGAAAGAAUGUAAAUCUCCAGGUUUCCAGCGUGCAACCUUUGCAGCUCCCAACAAAGAGUGUAAGCCCACACCAGACAUUUCUGUUGAGUAUACCCAGGAGACAUGUAACAGUGCCCCCAUGCAACAGCCAGAGAAAUUUGAAAAUUUUAUGUAUGAUUCAGAUUCAUGGGCCAAGGACUUGAUUGUAUCUGCCCUACUUCUGAUCCAGUACCAUCUGGCUCAAGGAGGAAUGAUGGAUGCACAGAGCUUCCUGGAAGCUGCUGGCAGCACCAAUUUUCCUCACACCAAGUCCCCUGUAGUCCCCGAUGAGUCCAGCCUUAAAUUCCCUCAUCUUGUAGGAUGCGGCCAAGCAGAAGUAGAAAAGAAGGAUUUAAUGAGUGUUUUUUUCAAUUUUAUACGGCAUUUACUUGGGGAGACCAUUUUCAAGAGUGACAGUAGCUCUGUAUCCAAGGUACCAGAAGCUAAGGAAGAUAGCAACCAGUAUGAAAGACCUAUGACCCCUUCUCCCACCAAAGUAUGUGCUGGCGAGGAGUCUGGGGGUAUUUUUUCUGGGCUGACCAAGAUGGUUGCCAACCAACUGGAUGGUCACAUGAAUGGGCAGAUGGUAGAACAUUUGAUGGAUUCAGUAAUGAAGUUGUGUCUCAUUAUUGCCAAGUCCUGUGACUCUCCUUUGGCAGAACUAGGAGAUGAGAAGUCUGGGGAUGCAAGCAGACCAACUUCAGCUUUCCCAGACAGUUUAUAUGAGUGUUUACCAGUCAAGAGCACCGGGACUACAGAGACUCUCCUGCAGAAUGCCUAUCAAGCUAUCCAGAAAGAACUGAGAGGUGUUUCUGGACAGUCCCCUGAAGGGUGUGUAUCCCCAAAAGUGAUUGUCAGCAAUCAGAACCUAACUGAUACUGUUCAGAACAAGCAACUUCAAGCCGUCCUUCAAUGGGUAGCAGCCUCUGAGCUCAAUGUCCCUAUUUUGUACUUUGCUGGUGAUGAUGAAGGCAUCCAGGAGAAGCUACUUCAGCUCUCGGCGACCGCUGUGGACAAAGGACGCAGCGUGGGUGAGGUCCUGCAGUCAGUGCUGCGCUAUGAGAAGGAGCGACAGCUAGACGAGGCGGUGGGAAAUGUGACACGGCUGCAGCUGCUGGACUGGCUGAUGGUGAACCUGUAA